CCUUGAUAAGCUGGCGUGCCGCGGCGUAGGCGCGGCGAUGGCUGUGGACUUGUGCUGGCUUGUUGCUAUCAGUGGCUGCUGCACACUCGUCGAAGUUGCGCAGCGCUUCUCGUUGUCCUGACUGGGCGCUGCGCUGCUCUCCUUCGCCGCUGCUCGAGCUCAGAUUUUAGCGCCGCGCGCGCCGGUUUCACAAAUUCUAGUCUUUUUGGCAGGCUGCUUUUGGAGCAAUUGCUGCAGCGCCGUCGACGCCUCAGAGCCCAGCUCUGACUUGCGUUUCGAUUCACUUGCACCAGUAUUGAUCCAAGCGACGGGCCAAUUAAGCCAGAAGCGGCGUGCGGCAGAGAGAGCACCACAGGUGCGAGAGCACCAGAGCGGCUGGCGCGCAUGGAGCAAGCCUCCUCGUCCGACGACGAAGACAACGUCAACUGGGCCGCCGGCGACGCCGCCGGCGACUCGUCCGACGGCGAGCCGGUACUGGACGAGGAGGACGACGAGGCCGAGGAGCGAGCGCCGCCGCUCCAGGAGCCAGCGCCGCCCAGGAAGAAGAAGCGCCGGCGGUCCAAGCAGGAGACGGAGGCCGCCCGACUGAAGACGCGGCGAAGGAAGCUCGAGCACGAGGCCGCGGUCGCGUACUUCCUCGCGCGGCUGCGGCUGCUGAGCAGGUGGUGCGACGACCCCGUCGCGCGCGACGCCGCCGAGGCCUGCGUCCCGGGGCGCGCCUGGCGGAAUAUGAGAGAGGCGACCGAGGGCGACUGCGUCGGCGCCGUCACCGCGGUGAUGCACGCCUGCCGCUCGACUCUACUGCGCGGGCUCAAGCCCGGCACGAAACUAGGCCUGGCGCCCGCUUCGUUGGCACGAGCGGCGCUCGCGACCCCGGCCGAGAAGGACGAGGGCGCCGCGGCGAUGUUGCUGGUGGCGGCGCUCCGCGGCUGCGGCGUCGACGCGCGGCUCGUCGGCCAGCUCGACGUUCAUACCAAGGGCAAGGCGCGGGGCGAGCUGUGGUGCGAGGCGCGCGUCGGGCGGCGCUUCGUUUUUGUGGACGCGGCGGCCGGGACUUGUGUGUUGUCGAGUGAACAACUGACACGAACAAGAUUAAAACCGAGGGCGUAUAUCAUGGCCUGCGACGCGAAUGGUUCAUUGUACGACGUCGGUGUUAAUUACAACGCGCGAGGCGCGCCGGCCUUUUCGCGCGAGUGGCUCGCGGACGCUUUACGGGAUAUCAACGCCGCGUCUUCAUCAAACCCCUGGCGCGCGCCGGCGCCCGAUGCAUUACCGACGUCCAUCGGCGCCUUUCGCACGCAUCACGCGUUCGCGCUGCGGAGCCAGCUCUUGAGGAGGGAGCGAUUGAAAGGCUCCGCACAACCCGUGGCGACGUUUCGCGGCGAGCCCGUCUUCGCUCGUAAGGAUGUGGAGACGCUGCGUACGAAGGCGGACUGGGCGCGCCACCAUCGCCGGGUGAAAGAUGGUCAGCAGCCUAGAGGUGCUCUGGGCGGGUCCCAGGAAGACGCCGACCCCAUCGUUCAGGCGGGAAAUGUUGCUUUGGAUGUGGCCGAGGGCCGGGCCGUCGGGUUGUACGGCGAGGACCAGACCGAGCCCCUCGUCCAAGCUUCAAUAGAUGAGGGCUUUCCCACCAACGAGCAAGGGGACGUCGAGAUUUUGAAUGGAGACGCGCGGCGCGUGCCGCCGGGCGCGACCUGGGUCAAGGGUCACGACGCGUCGAAGGCGUGCGCUUCUCUUAGCGUAGAGUGCGCGCCGGUGCUCGUCGGCUUCGACCGGCGCCGGGGGUGUACGCGGCCGCGGAAGGACGGGGUCUUGGUGCGGGAUGAGGAUGCGGACAAAGUGGUGGAGGAGCUGCGGCGCGUGCGGGCCGUCGCGAAGCGCAAGUCUAUUUCUCAGAAGCGGUCGAAGGUCCAUCAGCGGUGGGCGGUCCUCGCGCGCGGGCUGCUGUCGCGCGACGUGCUCCGGGAGCGGUACGGGGCGUGAUUUUAAUUUGUGUUAUGCGU